AUGAACUUUGUGAAAACUUAUAUAUAUAAACAAGAGUAUACAGAAGAAGGAAUAAAAGAAUUGGAAAAAGAUGCAAGAAGUGUAAAAGAAAUUGAUGAAAAUAAAAUUCUAAAGGAUUUGCCAGAAUUUAAAAGAGGUAAUAGCUUUUUAAGUUUAUCUGAACAAUUAGAAUUAAAUAAAAAUAAUAAAGGAACUACAACAAAAGAAAAUCAAGAUAAUGGAAAUUUAGAUGAUAUUCCAAAUAUAAAUGAUGAAAAUAUAGACAUAUAUGGAAAUAAUGAAAUACAUAAUAAUUACAGUGUUGAAAAAAUUAAAGAAAGAGAAAAAGAAGUUGCUGAUGAAUAUAAAGAAGCAAUAAAAAAUUAUGUUAAAAAAAAAGAAUUAAUAAAUAUAGCAUCACAUGAUGAUAUUUUGAAAGACGAUAUUAAUCAUGAUUUUAAAAAAAUAAAAAAAGAAAUUAUUAAUAAAAAAAAAAAUAAUAAUGAAAUAAAAACAAAUAUUAAAGCUAUAAUUAAAACUACAAAAAAAAAAACAGAUAAUAAAAAUAGCCAUAAAGAAUUAUCUCAAAAUACUGAACAAACACAAAUUCCUUUUCUCUUAUCUGGAUAUUCUGACAAUUCAGAUGACUAG